AUGAUUCAGUUUGAUCAAUUAAAAAAUAAAAUACAAUCAGAAAAUGGGUUUAUAAGAAGAGAUAGAAGUUAUUUAUAUAAAACUUACAAAAAUUGUUUUAUUGGAUACGAAGCAGUUGAUUGGUUAUAUUCAAAUUGCCCAAAUAUGACAUCAAGAGAAGAUGCCGUAAAAAUUGGUCAACAACUUUUAGAUGAAGGUGUAAUAUGUAGUGUAGUUGGAUCAGAACCAUUUAAAGAUGAUUAUAUAUUUUAUGAAUUUGAGGAUACUAAAGUUGGCAAUUUAAGAUAUAGCAGCACAGGUAAAAAUAGUACAUUUAAUAAAAUUAUAACAACAGUAAAUUCAAUAAAUUCACAAAUAUCAUUAAUGGUACCACUUUCUUCCUCACCAUCAUCAUCAUUAACAAGUUCAAAUGAAAAAAAUAGACGUACAUCACAACCACCACCAGUAUUUAAUCAGCCACCAAAUGGAUAUAAUAGUAAUAGUUAUAAUAAAAAACACCACAGAUAUAGUAUAAAUGAUUUACAAAAAGUUGUAUUAGAAGAUUUAAAUACAGUCACAUUAGUCAAGGAUGAAUUGAUAAUGCUUAGCCAAGAAUUAAUGAACGGCGAUAAGGGUGUAAAAUUACAAAAAAAAAAGAAAGGAAAUACAACUAUUCAGUGUUUCUCUGGCUCACAAUUGGUAGAUUGGUUAGUAAAGAAAUUAGAAAUAAGUAGAAAAGAAUGUACAAAUAUUGGUAGUGCUUUGAUGCAUUUAAAUAUAUUUAUUGAGGUUGGUCCAAUCAUAGGAGGGGGUGGCGUAGUAAUGUCCGGAACUUUAUCAUCAACAAUACCUUCAUCAAUCUCAUUAAAUACAAUUUCAUCAACAUCAAAUACGAGUAGUACAGCCAUACCAAUCAAUAAUAAUAUUGGUAAUGGUAAUAAUAUAAACAUUACAAAUAGUUCAUUUUUUUCGCCAUUGUCCUCCUCAUCGUCAUCAGUAUUUUCAUCGUCUCCUUCAAGUGGGAUGCUAUCAUUAUCAACAUCAUCAUUGCCAGGGUUUGAUAACAGAACAAUGGAGGAUAGUAAUGAAAUCUUUUACGAAUUUUUAACAAAGCCUGAAGCUAUUAUUAAUCACGUUUCAAUGAAAAAGUUGGAUGAUUUGUGUUUGGCACAUAAAUCAGUCCAAACAAUACCGACAACUAUUAUCAACACUAGUAAAUAUUUACGUAUAUUGGAUUUAUCUUUCAACCAACUAUCAGAUUUCCAUCAGUUAGAAUCAAUUGCCACUUUGUAUAAUUUAGAAUCUUUAAACCUUUCACACAACCAACUCUCAAAUAUCCCAAGUAGUUUUAGUCGAUUAGAGCUACUUUCAAAAUUAAAUUUAAAUCAUAACAACUUUGUAAAUAUCCCAAUCCCUGUAUAUCAAUUAUUUAAUUUAGAAGAAUUAUCAGUAUCUGGUAACCAAUUAACUUCAAUCACCGACAUGAUUGGCCAACUAAGAUUACUCGAACGUAUCGAUCUUCGUAAUAAUAAAAUUUCAAAAAUUCCAAAAGAACUUGGCCUUUUAGUUCGUCUCAAGUCUUUUAAUGUAUCUGGUUAUAAUAAAAUCACAGAAUUACCACCGUUUUUAUCAACUUUACCUCAAUUAGAAGUUUUAGAAUUUAAUCAUGAUACUGUAAAGUCGCCACCAAAAGAAAUUACAUCCAAAGGUUUCACCCACAUCAUCGGCUACUUAAAAGAUCUUUUCGAGGGUACUGAAACUUUACCUUACAUCAAGUUAAUGAUUUUAGGUCGUGAAAAAUCAGGUCGUUCUUCUUUAGCUAAAGCUUUGUCAAAAUCUCAAACCAAAUCACUAUCUAAACAGUCUGCUAGUUUCUUAAAAAAAGUUACUUCUGCUGAGGUAUUCCUCAACGAACCAAUCGAAAUCAACGAGUUAAAAUUAGAUUUACCUUCAGAAUCAUUUUAUGGUAUACCAAGUUCUAAUUCAUCAAAUAAUUUAACAAGUUUAAAUUCAUCUGGAUCUUUAAUGCCACCACCAUCCUCUACUCCAAGUAGAAAAGACUCUUUAACUUCAACCCCAGAAAAGAAAAGACCUCAAAAAAGAUCAUUGAAAUUAAUGAUUUAUGACUUCAAGAUGCCAUCACUUGAUGUUUAUUAUCAUACCCAUCAAUUCUUUUUAUCCGAACGUGCUUUCUAUUUAAUCACUUUCGAUAUAACCAAAGACAUAAGAUAUAGUGGUAUCGAUUUUUGGGUUGAUUCAAUUAAAAAGAAAACUCGUGAUGCCCCAAUCUAUAUUGUUGCGACCCACAUUGAUUGCUUUAACCAAUAUGGAGGCGAUAUUAUGGUGCCAUUAAAUGAAGUAGAAGGCUAUUUAAAUCAACAUUCGCUCGAAGUUACAGGUGUUAUAGGUGUAAGCUCAACAACUUUAAGAAAUAUUGACCUUUUAAAACAAGAGAUUAUUAAAACUCUUUUAAAUCAACAACAACAACAACAAUCAUACUAUGGAAGUAAUAAUAACAACCCAAAUAGCUACUGGAUCAAUGAGCGUAUUCCAAGUAUUUAUUUAACCUUAGAAAGUAAUUUACAAGAGGAGGCUAAAAAGAGACCAAUAGUUUCAUGGGAGGAAUACCAAAAUAUUGCAAAGCUUUCAAAUUUUACAUCUCCUCAAUCUUAUGAAAAAUUAAUUCGUGCAACAAAUACUCUUAAUAGAUGGGGUUCAAUUGUUUGGUUUGAAGACGCCAAGUCAUCCCUCAAAGAUAUUGUAAUUUUAGACCCACAAUGGUUAAGCGACUGCUUCUUUAAAUUAUUAAUGGCAAAGCAUCAAUAUAUAAAUUCUGAUGGAAUUUUAUUAUUAAGUAGUUUAAAGAAUGUUUGGAAACCUAAUAUUGUUCCAGAAAUUUUCCAUAUUAAACUUUUAAAGCUCUUAGAGCGUUAUCAAAUUUUAUACACCUUAAAGAAUAAUUCAAAUGUAUUACAACCAUCAAAUCAUCAAUCACCAACUAUUUCACCAAAUACAUCAAUACAAAAUAUGGCAUAUUCUUUAGAAUCCAGAUCAAUUUCAUCACCAUUACCAACUGUUUCAUUAUCUGCAGAAAUUUCAUCCAAUUUAAUUUCAAAUUCUUCUCAAAGUGCUUUUAUUCUCCCUGACAACAAUAUUACUACUACCACCGGUGCUAUGUCAUCAGCUUCACCAAAACUUUUAAGAAAUUCAUUAAAGAAUCUCAAAUCUACUGAUACAAGCAGUGUAAAUAGUAGUAAUCCAUUAGCAAACUCAACUCAUAUAGGAAUCAAUCUUUCAUCACAAUUUAUUUCAUUUAAUCGUAUCAUUAUACCAUGUCUUUUACCAAGUUCAAAACCAUCACAUUUAUCAUCUUUAUGGGACACAUGGAGCGGCGAAGAAGAACAUCAAAUCGGCAGAUAUUUCCAAUUUAAAAACUCACCAAAAACAUGUUUUGAUCGUUUAAUGGUACGAUUCUUAUAUAUGAUGGAGCCUAUUGUCUAUUGGAGUAGUGGUAUAUUAUUUAGAAAACAUCCAACUUAUAAAGAGAACAUUAAAGAUAGCUUAACAAGUUGCGGAACACUGGUGGAGUUUGAUCCCUCCACUCAACAAUUACAAAUUCGUGUUAGAGGUCACGAAUUUGAAGCAUGUGCAAAAUUAUUCCAAAUUAUUUUAGAAAAUGUUGAUACAAUUCUCAAGGAUUAUCAAAUUAAUCAAACCUAUACUUUUAUACCAUGCUCAUGUUCAAGUGAAUGUCGUGAUCUUCCCCACCUUUACUCUAUCGAUUUAAUUGAGGAAACAUUUGGCAAAGGAGAAUCUUAUGUAAAAUGCCCAGUUACCCAAAAAUUGGUUUUACUCAGUAAAAUGGCACCAGAUAUUACAUUAUCAUCUGUAUCGUCAAAUAAAAAAAUAUUAAAAGAAGAUUUGCUUCAUUUAGAAGAAAUUGGAAUUGGUGGUUUUGCAAGAGUAUUCAAAGGAAUUUACAAAUCUGAAACUAUUGCAAUUAAACAACUAAAUUUUGAAAGAAUGGAUUUAAUUGAUUCAACCACAACAAAUCAAAUACAAAUAAAUAAUAGUGCAAAUAGUUCACCAUCUUCGUUAUCAUUUUCAUCAACUUCAUUACCACCACCACCUGUAAAUAAUUUAAAUAGCAACAACAAUAACAACACUAUCAAUGGUAACAUUUUGGCACAAUCAUCAAACAAGAUUUUACAACGUAACUUAUCAGCAAGUUCUUUAUCAAGUAAUUCAUCAAAUGAGGAUUCAUUAAAUCAAGUUUCACAAAGCAAAUUAAGUGCAAUUUAUGAGUUUAGAAGAGAAGUUUGGUUAAUGAGCGGUUUGUCACAUCCAAAUAUUGUACAAAUGAAGGGAUUUUGUUUUGAACCUUAUAGCAUCAUUAUGGAAUAUAUGAAUUUAGGUAAUCUAUCAAUUUAUUUAAAAAAGAAGAAAGAAGAAGGACAGCAACUAUCAUGGAGUUUAGUUUUGAAAAUCGCAAUUGAUAUUGCCUCUGGUAUGGCAUUCUUACACAAUAUCACUCCACCAUUGGUUCACAGAGAUCUCAAAUCACCAAACAUUUUGCUAGCCACCGACCCAAACGACCCUUCAAAUAUUAUCGCAAAACUAUCCGAUUUUGGCUUAAGUAGAACCGUUGUACAAAGUUUUGUUUCUAAAGUAGUAGAUAAUCCAACUUGGUUAGCUCCAGAGGUAUUAAAAGGUUUCGAAUAUAACGAAAAGGGUGAUAUCUAUAGUUAUGGUAUGAUCCUUUGGGAACUUUAUCACAUGGAAUUGCCUUUUGAAGAAUUCGAUUUCAAAUUUAUGAGCACUCUCGAGGAUAAUAUUCUUUCUGGUUUAAGACCUUCAAUCAAUCAAAAUUGUAAUCGUAUGUACGCUUCAUUAAUAACAAAGUGUUGGAGUUCAGAUCCAAAUUUAAGACCAUCAUUCAAUUCAAUUUUAAAAUCAUUAAAAGAAAUCAAGGAACAGUAA